AACUACUGCACCGUGUAGGCAUUAGGCAAGCGGCAGCGCGAGAAUAAAAGCAGUAGCAGAGGCAGAGAGGCAAGAGGCACUCGAGUGUCCAGCCUGAGUGAGAGCAAGCCAGCAUUUUUUAACCUUGCCGCGGCAGCAAGCUAGACAAGAGGCGUGCACGCCGUGGCCGGGACAUCUCGGGCGACCAGCUUAGUUAACCUCCUCGGCUAAGGUUGCGGUGAACCUGCCGAGAGGGUAGCUAGCAACUUGCCCAAGCUUGUGGCGUGCUCUUCUUCCGCGCGAAAAUCUGUAUAAGUUGCUGCUCCCGUGAGCCGGCCAUGUCGGUGUCCUCUGCCCUGUCGUCCUUCCUGUUCUGCUGCUUCUACCCCACCGGCGGCCAUCGCCAUGGUCACCGCGCCGGCGCGUACUACUACAGCAGCCACCCGACGAGCACCAACACCUUCUACUACCACGACGGGGGCCUCGCCGGCCGCAGGAUGGGUCGGAGCAGACCGCUGUCGUUGCAGACGGUGGAGCUGAAGGUCCGGAUGUGCUGCUCGGGGUGCGAGCGGGUGGUGAAGCACGCGCUGACGAAGCUGCGGGGCGUGGACUCGGUGGAGGUGGAGGUGGAGAUGGAGAAGGUGACGGUGACGGGGUACGUGGACCGGCACCGGGUGCUCAAGGAGGUGCGUCGCGCGGGGAAGAAGGCGGAGUUCUGGCCCAACCCUGACCUGCCGCUGCACUUCACGUCGGCCAAGGACUACUUCCGCGACGAGGAGUCCUACCGCCGCACCUACAACUACUACCGCCACGGCUACAACGGCGACAAGCACGGCCACCUCCCGGAGCCCCACCGCGGCGCCGACCCCGUCAGCAACAUGUUCAACGACGACGACGUCAACGCCUGCUCCAUCAUGUAAUGUAAUCCAACGACCGAUCGAUCGAUCGACAUGCCAUGGCAAUGGCAUGGCGUGCCUCCUCAAGAAUCGAUCGAUCUAGCGUGCGUGGAGACUGGAGACCACCACGCGCGGGCGACGAGCUGGCUGGAGACCAGUGUGAUCAUUGUGUGUUCUUUCUAGUGCUCAUCGGUGCCUGCCGGCAGCCGGCACUGCCCGGCCCAGGUUGUAGUAGUAGUAGCAGGUCAAGUCACAACAAGUAUGCUCAUGCAUAUUAUGUAACAGUGGAUGCUAAAGUUGCAAUAUGGAAUGAGUAGCU